AUGGCCAACCAGACAUCGGCCUCGGCCACGACGGCGAAUGCGCCAUCCACGCCGGUCAAGGUGCCUUCGGCUGCGGCCAGCUACACGCCGGCCACGCUGGAUCCAGACCUGCGGUCUCAGAUCAACAUGGUGCUCAUCCGCGACGGCCACGUCUCCAAGAUCCAGGACCAUCUCCUUCACAUCCUCCAUGCCGACUCGUCCAACUGGCCGGCCGCCAUUCAGGCCCACGCCCUGCAGCUGCUGCGCUCGGGCGACUACACCAACUUUCCCGCGCUGAUGCGACGCGUCAUGGACGACAUCCGCCGCGACACCCUCGCCACGCCAAACGGCGACGGCACCGCAGACAAGAAAGGCAGCAGCCCGGCCGCAUCCCUGGCCCUGCCCAAGACCGUCGUCGACGAGGCGUUGCGGGUCACCCGCGAAAGCCUGGAGAUGGUCUGCGAAAUCGAAGAGAACGGGUCCCUGUGA